AUGGCCGGCGGUAGCCUGGACCUCCCCGUGGUUGACCUCGCAUCCCCCGACCUCAAAUCCGCCGUGGACGCCGUCCGGAAGGCAUGCGUGGAGAGCGGGUUCUUCUACGUCACCAACCACGGGAUCCAGGACGGCCUGCUGGAGGCGUUGUUCGCCGAGAGCAAGAGGUUCUUCGAGCUGCCGCUGGAGGAGAAGAUGCUGCUGCAGAGGAACAGCAGCCACCGGGGCUACACCCCGCCCUACGCCGAGAAGCUGGACGAGUCGUCCGAAUUCCAGGGAGACCUCAAGGAGAGUUUCUACAUUGGGGCGGUCAGGGAUGUAGAUAUGCCGAAUGAUCCUAACCAAUGGCCUCCUAAAGAGCGCUUUCCAUCUUGGAAGGAUACAAUGAAGCUGUACCAUGAAGCUGCACUGGCUGCUGGCAAAAGGAUACUCUCUCUAAUUGCUCUGAGUCUGGACCUAGAAGCUGAAUUCUUUCAGAAGAUUGGUGCAGUCGACUGCUCUUCAGAAGUUAUUCGGCUAUUGCACUACCCAGGUGAAGUAAACGAGUCUGAUAAUGGAAAUUAUGGUGCAUCAGCUCAUUCAGAUUAUGGAAUGAUAACUCUUCUAGCAACAGAUGGCACUCCUGGCUUGCAGAUAUGCAGGGAGAAGGAUAGGCAUCCCCAGCUCUGGGAAGAUGUUCGUCAUGUUGAUGGGACCCUUAUUGUUAACAUUGGCGAUUUGCUAGAAAGGUGGACAAAUUGUGUUUUCAGAUCUACACUUCAUCGGGUUGUUGCAGUUGGCAGAGAGCGAUAUUCUGCGGCUUACUUUCUGGACCCAAGACCCGAUCUAGUGGUGCAGUGCUUGGAAAGCUGUUGCUGCGACGCAUAUCCUCCAAGGUUUCCACCUAUCACGGCGGGUGACUAUUUGAAAGAACGAUUAAGUGCCACAUACAAAUAA